AUAACAGGAGGACUUAAUCGCCCGGUAAAGUUUGCAGACCCCUGUGAAGCCCGUCCCAUUCAGCACAGAGCUCCUCACUUCUCUGAGCUUCCCCCUCUCAGAAACCUACUGCCAACAUGUCUGACACCGAAGAAGUUGAGCAAGUAGAGGAAGAAUAUGAAGAAGAAGAAGUUCAAGAAGAAGCUCCUGAACCAGAAACCCAUGAAGAAGAAAAGAAGCCCAGAGUACCAACGCUGACUGCACCUAAAAUCCCAGAGGGUGAGAAAGUAGACUUUGAUGACAUCCAAAAGAAGAGGCAGAACAAAGACCUGAUUGAGCUGCAAGCCUUGAUUGAUAGUCACUUUGAAGGACGAAAGAAGGAAGAGGAGGAACUGUUGGCCCUCAAAGAGAGAAUCGAGAAGCGUAGAACCGAAAGGGCUGACCAGCAAAGAAUCCGCGCCGAGAAGGAAAAAGAGCGCCAGGCCAGGCUUGCUGAGGAGAAGGCAAGAAGGGAGGAAGAAGAUGCCAAGAGAAGAGCAGAAGAUGACAUGAAGAAGAAGAAGGCUCUUUCUUCCAUGGGUGCUACCUACAGCAGCUAUUUGGCUAAGGCUGAUCAGAAGAGAGGAAAGAAACAAACUGCUAGGGAAUUAAAGAAGAAAGUGCUGGCAGACAGGCGCAAACCCCUAAACAUUGACCACCUGAGUGAAGACAAACUGAGGGAAAAGGCCCAGGAAAUGUGGGACUGGUUAUGUUCUCUGGAAACUGAGAAGUAUGAGUAUUUAGAGAAGAUGAAGAGACAGAAAUACGAUAUUUUAUCCCUACGUUGCAGGGUGGAGGCAAUAUCCAAGUUCAGCAAGAAAGCCGGAGCCAAGGGCAAAGUCGGAGGGCGCUGGAAAUAGAGAUCCCAAAGGCGUCUGCAGGCAGAAUCAUCAUCGGUGGCAUGGCUAAACAUUACUGGCCUCCCUUUCCUCCUCUGAAAAAAAAAAGAAUUCCGUUCCCUCGCCUGAGCAAAACCACAGUUGCAACACCAGCCUGGAUUGCCUAGUGCUUAUUUCAAGAGCUCCCACCUCUUCCAGAAUCAAAAGGGAGCCAGCUGUUCUGGGAUGGAGACGACUCCCUGCUGAUACCUCUUACCACCUGCCGUGUGUCCUUCAUUUCCCUGAUACCAGCCCUACGCUGCCCUGUAGAUUGCAGUGGAUCGCUCUCUUGGUUUUGUAAAUAAAGUGUGACCGAUAAUAUAAAUCAGCCAUACAGCUCA